UUAUUGUGACAGUGCUAUUGGCUAGAAAUAUUUUGGAAAUGCCUCGACCUAAUUUGAAGUGUGAAAGUUAUCGUAGAAUCUGCAACGAAUUGCAGCGUCCGUUGCGUUUUGCGCUUUGUAAUUUGUCAUGUGUAAUAGUGAGUGGAAUGGCUACGUAAGUCCCUUUAGAGAGAAAGCAACGGUACAUUUUUUCGUGAUGAGUCAUAACAAAUUCGACGAGCUUCUGACUGGCCUGAAGACGGGAAAAUGGAAUCUACUGUAUUACAUAGCCUCCUCUGUUUGGCUAUUUCUUAUCCCGGCACAAAAUCUCAGUGGUGCUUACAUUGCUCCAAAUAUCGGCUUUCAGUGUCGUCCGCCAGAAAAUCUCAAUGUCACCAUUUCCGAAGAUUCCUGCUCGUACGAAGUGACCACAUCCGGGCAGGAGGUCGAGUAUCCCUGUACGAAGUGGGUUUAUGACACUUCUGUGUUUUCUUCAACUAUAACUUCUGAGUUUGAUUUAGUAUGUGACCGCGAGUACCUGAGAGCUACCUAUCAGAGCAUCAAGAUGAUCGGCGCCUUCUUCAGUCCCAUAGUCGGCGGAUACCUGGCUGACAGAUAUGGGCGAAAGAUUGUUGUGGUUGUCACCCUGGUUGUUUUCGCCGUGUGUAGCACCGGGAUGUGCUUCCUGCGUCACUUGCAAGUGAUCCUCGCUUUCCGGUUCAUUGUAGGAUUCGUGGAUGUGCCAGUGUUUUAUUCCUUAACGCUGGAAAUCUGCGAAGUGAAGUUCCGGUCACUGGUGGGUGUUCUGACGGCACUUCCAUGGGCAUUUGGAACAAUGGCGUGGGGGGGACUUGCUUAUUUCAUAAGAGAAUGGAGGACCCUACAGCUGGUUGCAUCAUUUCCAAACCUCCUCAUCUUGCCUGCUCUUUAUUUUAUAGACGAAUCGCCCCGCUGGCUAAUUACCAAAGGCCAACACGACAAGGCAGUGAAGGUACUGCAGAAAGCAGCGCGCUGGAAUAACUCCGAACUCCCCUCAGAGGCUGAGCUCAGAACUCUCAUGCAAGAAAUUGAAGAAGAGGCCAAGAGGAAGAGGGAGUCUGCCAAAGAUGGGGCAUCUUCUGCCCCAAAAACUACAACUUCUACAAUUCGUAAGAAGCUGUCUGGCAUCCUGUCAAGACCUCUUCUCUGCAGCACGAAGAGAAUUAGCCUAAUCACAGUCAUCAUGUGCGUGGAUUACUUCGUAGCGGCCACCGUUUUCUAUGGCCUGAGUCUCAACGGCACCAACUUCAGCGCAGACCCUUUUAUUUACAUGAUCCUCUCCGGGCUUAUGGAAGUUCCCGCCUACUCCGUCACGGCGCCAGUCAUACAGAAGUUCGGCAGGAAGAAAACCACCGUCUUUGGCUUUGCUGUGACUGGUGUUGCCAUCCUAGCUCUGGCUUUUAUCUCUGAAGAUGUCGUGUGGCUGGUCAUGACGUUCGCUUUGGUGGGGAAGAUGCUUAUCAGUGUGGCUUUCCAGACCAUUUACGUCUACGUCAACGAACUCUUCCCCACGGUCGUCAGAGGGGAAGGACUCGGGGUCGCCUUCAUAGCCUCAAAAAUCGGGUCGGUGAUUGCGCCGUACAUUACAGAGUACCUUGUGUGUUCUGCACACGGUCACAAGUAAUCAAAGAGUGUACUCUUUCAUUCUCAUUACCCAUCAUCAAAGCCAUACAUUGUUUGCUACGGACACACAUGCAGACACACCCUGCUGGGGCGCCUAGCAACCAUGGGUGCCUGUGAUGGUAAUUGCUUCAUAGCAAAGAAAGUUAAAGGAAAGGAGAACUUAUUUUCGAGAAGUUCAGCAGCAAGGAGGCGUUAGCGCAAUGUGUUGGAGUGCCUGUUAUCGUGAUGAUUCUAGAAUCGUCAGGAGUGUUGUGGAUCUCGUCGUUACGUGAGAAACGCCGCGAUUUCUGAUGCAAUACCUCAUCUAGAUUCAUCUAAGAAGUUCUAGAAAUCCCUGGAGUCGGUGACGUUCGCCAUAGGCUCCGCCCCCAGAGUGCCGUAUAAAUACGACGAACGAACUUUGGAGAGCAGUGAUCGUAGAAGAGAGAGAGACAGUAAAAGAGAGAUCACCAGUUAGUCACAGAGAACCACAGAUCAGAUUAUCAGUGAGAGAUCAGCAGCAGCAGAGAUCUUCCGUGAGAUACGAGAAAAGGAACCGACGAAGUAUCAAUCAAAAGAAGUUGUUCGAGAGUUGGUUGGAUAUUGGUCUAGUCGUCUUCCGGUGUGGACGGCCGAGUUCUCUCUACGUUGAGCAGACUUUGGAGAAGAAAAGGGGAG